UGUCGGCACUCACAGACUAGUGAGGAAGCUUUUUAAGUUUAUGUGAAUGAUGUCCUACUUUGUUACUUGAGUAAGGAAACAAAUCUAGAUUUUUCCAUCAGUUUUAAACAGAACUUUAAUACGACUGGUCUGGUACACUAGACCGUCUUACAGGACUUGUGGAGAAGGACAGCGCUUCUUCUCCACCUUGCCCUGACCGUGAGAAGAGAGAGGCUUACCACUAUGAAGCUUGGAGCUGCUGCGCUACUUACCUGCACUUCUGCUGGGGAGGAACAUCAGUGACUUGACAUUCAUACAUUGCGCGCACUGUUCCAUUUUUUUUUAAAUUAUCAUAGUUGUUUGAUUAAGUGUUGGCGGUGUAGUGCCAUGGUUGGCGUUUCGCUAUCUGGUGCGCUCUUCCCUUGCCUCCUGUAUCUGCUUUCCCCCGUGCCCGGAGGACAGGUAGCUGUGCCAAGCUGCCAUGAAGUUCGCGCAUCCUUUCAGUCUCUUCAUCCAGGGUCGAAAUGGGCACCGGAAACCCCAGUCUCAGGUGCAGACCUGCAGGUGUGCCAGCCCCGAGGCCUGAGCUGCUGCUCCAAGAGGAUGGAAGAGCGCUAUCAGGUGGCUGCCCGUCAGAACAUGGAGGCAGGCCUGCAGGCUGCCAGUGCCCAGCUCAAGCUCCUCAUCAUCCACAAUGCAGCUCUCUUCCAAGAGGCCUUUGAACUGGUGCUGCGACAUGGCCGUAACUCCACCGUGCUGAUGUUGAGGGCGGAGUUCCCCGUGAUGGGGGGCGGGGGCCAGACAGCGGUGGACCAUCUCCUCCAGGACGUGUCCCUCUACAUGCUGGGCUCCGACUCCAGCGUGGACCACAUGGUCACCACCUUCUUCACCCGCCUCUUCCCCCUCGCCUACCUCCGCCUGCUCGGGGGCAGUGUCACGUCCAUGUCCGACGAGUGCCUCCGAGGCGCCUGGAAGGAGUCCGGAGCCUUCGCCCACUACCCCAAACUGAUGAUGACCCGUCUGUCGCGCUCUCUCCUGGCCACCCGGGUCUUCCUGCAGGCUCUCAACCUGGGCAUCGAGGUGGUCAACACCACGGACCACCUGCGCCCGGGCAGGGACUGUGGCCGUGCUCUGCUGAGGCUGUGGUACUGCCCCCACUGCCAGGGCCUGCUGGCUCCCCCGGCCUGCAGGGGCUUCUGCCAGGCAGUGAUGCAGGGGUGCCUGGGGGGCGCGGCGGAGGUGCAGCCCCACUGGAGGGCCUACGUGGAGGGGCUGGGGAGGCUGGCCGGGGGCAUGAGCAGGGAGCAGGACAUGGAGGACGUGGUGCUCCGUCUGCACAGCCUGGUGCGGCUGGGCCUCAGGCACGCCGUCAACGCACGCAGCCGGCUCCUCGCGCUGGUGAGCAGUAUGUGUGGCCAGUCCCCCCAGAGGGUGUCUCGCUCAGUGGUGCCCCCUGCAGACCAGCCCCCUGGGGCCCCAGCGCCCCGCCACACCCAGCCUGCACCCUUCCACCCUGACACUCUGGCAGGCCACCGCAGGGAGUUCAUCUCCAGCCUGCGGGCCUUCAGCUCCUUCUACAGUGGUCUGGGAGAGACCCUGUGCAGCCACGAGCCGGAGACGCUCAACCACUCCCUCUGCUGGAACGGACAGGAAAUGACAGACAGGUUCCCAGCCCCAGGCCUGAAGCGCCCUCACACCCAUGGGCCUGACUCCAAGAACAAGCCUCCUGAACCUGUCAUCAGCCAGAUCAUCGACAAACUCAAACACAUCAACCAGGUAGACAGGCCAGAGUCGGAGCAGCCUGACCCCGUGGCCGUGGCCUGCAUCAGAGCACCAGCUGCUCCACAAGAGAGGAGAGAGAAAUGUAGAGAACAGAUAAAGAUCCAGAUUUUCUCCCUUAAUCUGAAACAUACUGAGUAA